AUGUUUAUAUGUUGUAAAAGUAAUAAGAAACCAAAAGCUAUUCAAACUUAAACACAAAAUCCACCAUAAACUCAACCUAAAUAAUCUAAAUAUCAAAUAAGAACUUCAAAUGAUCAAGAUUAACAUUCUACUAAUUUAACUAACAUAGAUGGAACUAAUGAAAAGACAAAUAUAAGUUUAUAAGAACAUGAAAAGUUUAUUUUAAAUGAAAAGAAAACUCUAGAACAUGAAAGAGAUAUAAUUACUAAAUUGAUUGAAUUACCUGAUAAGACUCAUCUUAUUGAUUUUAACUGGGCCAUGGCAUAUACUAACUAUAUUAAGGAUAUAGGUCUACAUCCUGGAGAAAUUAAAAAUUAAAUCCUAUAUGACAAAAUUAGAAACAGAGAAGAAUUAGUAUUGGAUAAACAUUACGUAUUAGUCAAUUAUUAAGUUUGGAAUAUGCUAGAAGCUAUUUAUAAAGGAGGACCGAUGUUAACUAUAAAUGAUUUAGAUAGAAAAAGUGAUAAUAAUAUAUUAGAUUAAUCUCUUAAAGUAUUUGCUUCACCUUCUAUGAAUGAUCUUGAUUUAAAAUAAGCCAAAAUUAGAAAUAUUUAACUUAUGCCAAUCAAAGAACUAUAAAUUGUUGGAUUAGAAAAUGAAAUCUAUUUCUGUUAUCUAAAUAGUGUUUUAUAAUGUCUUAUGGGGAUUCCUUAAUUAAAUUAUUAUUUUCUACAUUCAUAUCAAUCAGAAUGCAAACUCUUUAGUUAUGCAUAUGCACUUUUAUUAAGAAAGGCAUCUAAAGUACAUUACAAAUCUCGUAUUGUAGCUAAGGAAUUAAUUAAAGUACUUUAAAAACACUUUUCUAUUUAUGAAAUGCAUGAUAGUUCAGAAUUACUGCUCUUUAUUUUAGAUAAAUUUAAAGAAGAAAUCAUUAUCACUCCUUAAUUGAAUCUAUCUUCAUAAGAUUAAUUCAAAUAAUAUAUUACAUUUAUUGAUGAAUUAUUUCAUGGUUAACUUAAUUCAUUUAUUAAAUGUCCUAAUUGUGAUAAAAUUAGUUAACAUUAAGAUCCAUUUUAUGAUUUAAGUUUACCUCUUAUUAAUAAGAAUUUUAUGUAGCGCAAAUUAACUAUAUAAGAAUGCUUAAAUAAUUAUUUUAAAGAAGAAAUGAUUGAAGGAGGAUGGACUUGUUCAUUUUGUAAUGAAAAGUUUAAAAGUAUUAAACGGCGUGUUAAAAUUACAUUUGCACCUAAUAUUCUAGUUUUAUAAUUAAAACGUUUCUAGAGUUAUCCUUUAUAAAAGAAAAUAAAAGAACCAGUUAUUGCUGAUAUGGAAUUAAAUAUUAAAAAGUAUAAUAGUUCCUUAUUUAUUUUUAGUUUUUGUGUACCAGAGGUUAUUGAUACUAAAUAUGAAUUGUAAGCUAUGAUUGUUCAUUCAGGAACUAUCGAUUAGGGUCAUUAUGUAGCAGUUGUUAAGCGUAAUCAGAAUGUAUGUUAUUCUUAAUCAAUGUGAAGUUUUAUCUCUUUAAUGAUGAUGAAAUUGAGCGUCUCUCCCUUAACCAACUCAAUCGAAUUGAUUAAGCUUACCUAUUCAUGUAUCGUAAGAAAUGUGAUUGA